AUGGCAGCCCCGGGCGUUAUCCGGACUUUCCUGGAGCUGUCCGUGGUGCUGACGAUGGACUGCGCCCUAAAAGCGCCUCGGUUUGCGCCCGGACUCUUUAUCCAUGCGCUGCGAAGGGGGCGGCCCGUCGUGCGGGGCGAGGCGGCGAGGCCAAGCAUUAAGAGCGGCGGGCAAGGCCGGGGCCGCGGCGGGCGGCGCGGAGCAGCGGGGGACGCGGGCGCGAGGGCGGCCGUCAUGCUCGCGGGCCUCUGCGCGGCGCUGGUGGGGCUGCCGCUGCCGCCGCCCCUGCUGCUGGGGAGCGCGGCGUGCCCGCACCUCUUCCAGGACCGGCGCUUCUUCGUGCGGCUGGAGCGCCGGGCGCCGCGCAAGCCGCUGCUGCUCUUCGCGGACGAGGUGCACACCUGCGCGCAGGUGGAGCGGCGCAGUGCCGGGGCGCGGCAAGGCGGCGCCGUGGCCCUGCUCCCGGGCAACGAGCCGGCCUGCGUGUGGCUGUGGCUGGCCUGCCUCAGCCGCUCCGUCUGGGGCAGCGCCUGGCCCGGGGCCUGGCAGGGGUGCGGCCUCUUGCGCCUCUCCCGCUCGGCCGCCGCGCCCGGGCGCCGAGGGAGGGCAGCUGGCGCUGGGAAGCAGCCGGGGCAGGUCCUGCCACCGGCCUCGCCCCGCUUGCUGCCCUGCCAAGCCAUUGAAGAAAUAUUGCCAAUCUUGAAAGAAGAAAACGUGGCUGUCUAUUACUUAAGUAGGACAUCUGACGCAGAAGGGGUAGAUAGUUUUGUGGACAAAAUGGAUGCUGCUUCGGAUGAGCCUGUUCCAGUGUCUUGGAGAUCAAACAUCACAAUUAAAAGUCCUGCCCUUUACAUUUAUACCUCUGGGACCACAGGUGCUACUCUAGCAUUGCGCUCCAAAUUUUCUGCUUCCCAGUUUUGGGAUGAUUGUAGGAAAUACAAUGUCAGUGUCAUACAGUACAUUGGGGAAGUACUUUGCUAUUUAUGCCAUACACCCAGGAAAGACAAUGAUCGGAAUCAUAGAGUCAGAAUUGCCUUGGGCAACGGCUUAAGGGCUGAAGUUUGGAGGGAAUUCCUCCAAAGAUUUGGAGACAUACAUAUUGUUGAGCUUUACGGUGCAACUGAAAGCAAUAUUAGCUUUGUGAGCUAUACUGGAAAAAUUGGAGCCGUGGGGAGAUUAAACUAUUUGCAAAAGAAAAUAAUGCACUUUGACCUGAUUAAAUACGAUGUGGAGAAAGAUGAACCUGUCCAAGAUGAAAAUGGCUUCUGCAUACAAGUUCCCAAAGGUCACGAGGGCAGAAUAGGAAUGGCAUCCAUUCAACUAAGGGAGGGUAGCAAGUUCAGUGAGGAAAUUCUUUACAAACAUGUUGCAGAUUAUCUGCCCACUUAUGCAAGACCUCAUUUUGUGAGGAUUCAGGAUGCCAUUGGGACCACAGGCACAUUUAAAUAUAAAAAGGUGCAGCUUAGAGAAGAAGGAUUCAACCCAGCAGUGAUCAGAGACACCCUGUAUUUCCUGGAUGACAAAGCAAAGACAUACAUACCCCUGACAGAGGACAUCUAUAAUUCAAUAUGCAACAACAGUCUGAAACUGUAA